UGUCCGACUGAAAUUGUUACACAAUUGAGAUACACAAAAUAUUCUUGCAAGAGCCGUUGGAGAAUUGUACGUCGAAUGCGGCUUCACAAAAUUGCGACGCUGGCAACAGGUAGGAAGGAUCCAAUAUGGUCUAUUUCUUGGUGUCCUACUGCUUCCAUACUCGCUUCGGCGGGAAGUGACUGUUUGGUAAGACUUUGGGCAUCUCAAACUGGAGACAAUAAACAAACCGAAGUGAUCCAAAAAGACUCCGAACAGCCUCAAGAGUGGUGCUGCCUUGCAACUUUUGGAGCUAAUCUUUUUCCAAGAACUUUAAGAUGCGUUGCUUUUAAUCCAAGGUUGCCUUUCUUGGCCUGUGGUAGUUUUGACUCAUAUGUUUAUACCAUGAGAUUAAGCAGCAACUGUGAAGAAGGCUCCGAAUUGAAUUUACAGGAGAUCUUAACUGCUCCUCCCAAACUUCAAUUAACUUCAACUUUAGAAGGUCAUGAAAGUGAGAUCAAGUGUGUUGCUUUUUCCUCUUCAGGUGCGCUUUUAGCGAGUUGUAGUAGAGACAGAACGAUAUGGUUGUGGGAAUUGGGAAUCGACAAGGAUGAUUUCGAGUCACUGAGUAUACUGGAAGGACAUACACAAGAUGUAAAGUAUGUGAUUUGGCAUCCUUGUAAGGAGCUGUUAUGUUCUUGUAGUUAUGACAACACUGUAAGAAUGUGGGUCGAAGAUGAGUACGAUUGGUAUUGUUGCUCUGUAUUAAGUGGACACUCGUCAACUGUAUGGGCAGCUUCAUUUGAUAAAUUUGGAGAGAGACUUGUCACUGUUUCAGACGAUCGAAGUGUUAUAUUUUGGAGACAAAUUCCUAGACGUACAGAUGAAGUUGGACGGGAUCCUUCCUGGGAAACUUUUUGUGUAUUAAGAGACCAGCAUGAGCGAGCUAUCUACACAGUUGAUUGGUCCCAUCAAAGUGGCCUUGUAGUAACUGGAGGUGGCGAUGACGCAUUACACAUUUAUCAAGAGAAUGCUUUGAGAAGGAAUGAAUCUUCAGACGUCACAGAAGAACAAUUUGCUCCUCAUCGGGAUUUAGCUGACGAUAGUGGAGAAGUUUCUCAUCAUGCCGAACCUUUUUCUAUUGCGGCUGUCCUGCUGAACGCCCAUGAAGGGGAUAUCAAUUGUGUGAAAUGGAAUCCACUGGAUGGUUACGUGUUUGCUUCUUGUGGCGACGAUGGUUUUAUUUAUAUCUGGCAAGUGAGAAGGGAUACACCCUGACUUGUAGAUGAAAUGCCUCAAUUGAAUAACAGUUUGCUCCAAACAUCAUUUGUUGCUUUUUUGUGUAUCUACAUUCGUAUUAUUUCCAUACCAACCAACGUAAUGCCAGAGUUGACUUUGAUAAUCAUAAAUAAAGUAAUGACCGUUUCUGUCGUAGUACCCCCCAUUGCUGUCAUAAUAUCCUCCGUACUCAUCGGACUGACCUAAGAUUUGAAUACCAUUCAAUGCAACUUUCUGUUGUGGAAGCGUAAAGCACUUCCCUCCAACGUUUGACGACAAAGUUCCAAGUUGGUUGGACGAACAUGUUGGGGCCUCCGCAGUAUUAGGCGUACCAGAGCCAGUCUUACCACCUCCAUACAUACUUAGCCUUGCUGCCGCAUCUAUCCUCCUAAGUUCCUUCUCUAUCUGCUUGGAUUCCUUCUUUUUCGUUUCGUUCUCACGGUGCGACCUCUUCAAAUAGUUUUCUACAUUGUGCUUGUGGCGUAAACCCUAGACCAGUUGAAGUCAAACAACUGUAUACACAUGUUUCCGUACUUACAUUUUCGUGCUGCUGCAUCUGAAUUUUAUUAUUAGCUAUCCAAGUGUUACAAUAUUUGCAAUAGUGACGUUGUUGCGAUAUCCAGUAGUCCGCCAUAUUAGCGAAUAAAUAUUAAAGACGAUUGAUUCAAA